CCACUUCCGGUUGGAUGAAAAAAAAGGAAAAGAAACGAGACAGAGGAGCAGCAGUGAGAAGAGGACGGCCUGACGACGAGGUGUACCUAUCGACAAGGUGUCCAGCUUUUAGUUCACACUGACGGGAAGAGGGGAAACCUGCAGCCUGACAGGUUUUUAACCAGCGAGCCAUGGUGAAGAUCAGUUUCCAGUCUGUCUCGGGACAGAAAGUGGAGAAGGAGAAUGAUGGCGACAAGACCGAAAUCCUCAUUCCCCAUCCGAUGGAUGAGGAGGAGCUGGUGCUGCCGCUGCGGCCCAAAAAGUCUCCCCUCAACGGCCUGUGCUGCCUGACGUUCGGCCUGGUUGUGUUCAUGGCUGGUCUGGUCCUCGCCUCCAUUUAUGUCUACCGCUACUACUUCAUACCUCAUAUCCCAGAGGAGAACCUGUUCCACUGCAGGGUGCUCUAUGAAGACUCUGCGUACGCCCCGCUGCGAGGGCGUCAGGAGCUGGAGGAGAAUGUUGGCAUCUACUUGGCCGACAACUACGAGAAGAUCACCGUGCCCGUGCCUCACUUCGGAGGCAGCGACCCCGCUGAUAUCAUCCAUGACUUCCACAGAGGACUUACCGCUUACCACGACAUUGCUCUGGACAAGUGCUACGUUAUAGAGCUCAACACCACCAUCGUGAUGCCGCCACGCAACCUUUGGGAGCUUCUAAUCAAUGUCAAGAAGGGAACAUACUUGCCUCAGACCUACAUCAUCCACGAAGAGAUGGUGGUGACUGGCAAAGUGCACAACCUGCGUCAGCUGGGACCGUUCAUCAACCGCCUGUGCAAUGGAAAGGACACGUACCGCUUGAGCCGCCGUGUCACCCGCAGGCGCAUCAACAAGCGCGAGGCCAAGGACUGCCACCACAUCCGUCACUUUGAGAACACCUUUGUGGUGGAGACGGUUAUCUGCGAUGAAGCGUAAAACGACGCCGGCCACCCGUGUCACCCCACCCACCCAAAAGUGCACAUCUCCAUCUCUGCCCCAGCCACUGUAGCAUCCUCCUGUGGAUCCGAUCUCGUCCGAGUCGCACUUUACUUUUUAAUUUCCUUUGAUGUCUUUUGUAAAAGAUUUGUUCUCAUUUAAACCCUGCCUUUGUUCUUGUUUUUCUCGAUGUCCCAUAGGUAAUAUUUACCCCGACAUGUGAUGCAAUACUAAGCUGCUCGUGUUAUCACAGGACUUUCCUUGUGGCACAGUCUUUGAAGCCAAUAAUGAACACAAUUCCAACACCUCCUCACUUCCUCCGGGGAUUUUGUCUCUGUUGUUUGGGGAGAUGGCUGUCUCCCUGUGUUGUCAAGGUGACGGUACUUUGUUGUUUCUCUUGUGCAGGAGUUGUCUCUUCAUUCUCGUCAACACAGACUUCUGUGCAGAGCAUGACCGCGCGCAUUCCUGAGCAAACUUUAUUCAACCCUUUCUUCAUAUUUUUUAGAGUAUCAUGCAACUGCUGACGACUUGUCGCAUGCUUGCACAUUUACCCUCCUGCUUGCCUGUUGCAUCCUCGCUUCACUUCCUGCUUUUCAUGUCUUUCUUAAGAAGCACGCUCAUGGAAGUAGAUGUAGAAAUCGGCUCAUGAUGCAUCAGAUCAUAGAUUAUUGAAAUUGAAGAUUGUAGUUAUGUUUUGAUGCUGCCAUUAGUCGUCAUCUUCGUUUCUUUAAUUUCUAAACAUUAUAUAGUCACAGACAUACACCGAGUCCUAACAGCAAGCGAGGGAUGUAUAUAUCUCGGCGUAUCGCGCAUGAUGUCCACACUGCAUCUGUUAAAUAUUGAAUCCUCUGCUAUGACAUGUAGUGCUUCUGAACUGAAGGUGGACAAACUGAAGUGUUUUGCUUUCUAUUGAGGAGCUGUUGACUCAAAUCACAAUCCCGGCACAUACUCCGUGCGCGCCGCGGUCCGUCAGCGCCGAGCAAAUACGCCGCUGCCCUACCACUCAAGUCAAGUUGUGUUUCCACAGCGAGUGCAGCGAUCCGUCUCCCGGAGCGUGCCACCAGUGCCUCCGUUUCAAACACGCUGUGAGGAGCAAAAACGGAGUAGCACGGAGUAGGCUAUGUGCAGAUUCGGGGGCGCGUCAAUAAACGGCUCGCGGUGACCCGAAAAGAACGUUUUUCUCCGGUGCUGACACAAGUCAGAGCUCAACAUUCUAAUCACGGAUGAGGAUAUUAUUAAUGCACCACACUCUCUCCACUUUGUACAGCAAACUAAUGAGCUCUGUUGACUGAGUGUAGUGUUUCCCCUACCAUUAUAUUAGCCCCCCCCCCCCCCC